GUGGAAACCGCCAUUGUGAAACAUUAUGGCAAAGGUUUACACAAGGAGUUAGUCGGGCUCCGCGAUGUCUUGCGUAGUCGCGCUGGCUUGUUGAAUAUGCGUGCUCUGCUGCGCUCGUACGAGCGACGACCAGACCCGCUGCGGCCUUCGAAAGAGCAACUUCUGCUGUGGGAGGCCCAUGUCCACGUGGGCGUGCAAUGCGAAGCCGUUGAGUUAUGCCUAAAAAUUGUUCUGAAUUUCAUCUUUCACUGCAUAUUUGGUCCCUUCUAGAGACAGAGAGUUCUCCUACUACUUGAAUACCCUCAAAGAUCAGAUGCCUGCAGGCCAAAGAUGCCAUGUGCACUGGACAGCCCUAAUUGUAUCCCAGAAGUACUUUGCUGGUCGAGGCCAUUAUGUUCUGCCACGCUUGCAUCAGAUCUCCUUGGAACAGCGCAAGGCCUUGGGCAACUUCGACUUUUUCGAGAAAAACCCACGUGCACUGAAGGCUGCUCUGAUCAUCCCUUCUGACCUGGCAGGUGUCCUCGCGAGAUUUGAAGCCUCGACGCGUAACACUGAUCAUGGCGGUGCUGCUAACAUUAAGGCAGUGGUGGUCAUGACUUUAGCUCUUUCUGCAGAAUGUUGUAUCUUCUAUCGAUAGACCCGGUAAUGUGGGCUUUUAUGAUAUGACCCUAUAGAUUUUCAGACAGUCACAUUUCGAGUGAUUGUUCAUUCUAACAACAGCCAUCAGCGUGCGAUGCUUUUGGGCGCUCGCACGGUCCCGGCUCCUGCAUUGCCUGCAGU